AUGAGAAUGCUUACAUUCGUUGCGGGCCUGUUGCCGCUUGCUACAGGUCUAAACAUCACGUAUUACCAAAACGUGCCAUUGGCCCCUUCACCGCUUCCUCCUUCUCACGCUGCGUCAGAUGGGGAAAAGAUUAUUGAGCUGUUUCAGACUCUCGGACGGACAACAAUAUGGAAGAGUAUAGCCAAUAUUACCAUCCAGGGCGACACCUUUGAGCCCGAAGGCAUGGUACGCCUCGGCAAUGACCGUUUCAUAGUUUCUUGCGGCGAGUAUACCGAGUCCACCAAGAAAUACCCAACAAUCAUAAAUGGUACUGAUCGAACUCCCGGCCAAGGAUUCGGCCACUUGAUUGUGUUCAAUGGCAAAGGUCAACGACUUGCUGAUGCCACCAUUACCAAGCAAGGUGCUCUGGAAUAUCAUAAUGGCGGGAUCGAUUACGAUGGUAAAUUUAUCUGGGGCACAAUUGCGCAGUAUCGCCCGAAUACAACUGCGUAUGCCUACAAAGCUGUUCCCGCGUCGCUGGAACCCAAGACGGUUUUGUAUUAUAAGGAUCAUCUUGGAGGCGUAGUCCAUGAUACCCGCGACAACAAGAUAACUUGUCUGAAUUGGGGGUCAAGGAACGCAUCAACUUGGAGCCUAAGUCAUAUCAAACCCGGCUGCGUAUCGUCCCCAACGCCUGAAAAGGUGGUUCGCAACCCAAGCUACUUUGUCGACUACCAGGACUGCAAGUGGUUAGGGCACAGCAAGUUUUACCACGGUAAGAGCGUGAUGCUCUGCUCUGGGGUAGCGACCGUUGGAAACUAUAAUCUGGGAGGCGUGGCAUUGGUCGAUGUCGAUACUAUGGUGCCUCUGGCAGAAGUUCCGAUUUCACUGGAGAGUGCAUUGGGUGUGAGGAUGACGCAGAAUCCGGUGGAUGUGAGUGUUGAGAAUGGCAGACUGAGGUUCUAUUGGAUGCCGGAUCAGCGUAAUAGCACGCUGUAUGUUUACGAAGCUCAACCGGAUAGUCCAUUUGAAUACGGAGGCGGCGAGCUUUAA